GCGUUGGGUGUUAGUCCUCAUACUUCUUCCUCAAGUACAAAAUGAAGGAGAAAGAUCUUAAAUGGAGAAAGGUUGGAGGGGGUGGUUUUUAACCAUUACUGGACCACAGGCCCAUCUAAACAUGUGCAAAGCUCUGGACUCCGAGAAAUAUAGAGUCCGUAUUAGUUUCUUGUGGCCGCCCUAAUUACCACCAACUCAGGGGCUUAAAACAAUUUAUACGCCGAUGGUUCUGGAGACCAGAAGUUCAGCAUCAGUUUCUCUGGGCUCAAUUCAAGGUGUGGGCAGGGCUGUGCUCUGUUCUUUGCCUCUUCCGGUUUCCGGUGGCUGCGGGCACUUUUGCCUGUGGCCACGCCACUCCAAUCCCUGCAUCAGUCUUCAACAUCACCUUCUCCUCUUCUGUUUGCGUCAGCUCUCCCUCUUCUUCUGUCUUACAAGGACGCGAGAUUGCAUCGAGGGCCCACUCAGAUACUCCUGGAGCAUCUCCUGACGGCGAGAUCCUUAAUCUAACCACAUCUGCAAAGACUCUUGCUUUAUACAAGGUUAACAUCUGCAGGUUCCAGGGAUUGGGACUUGGUAUAUUUGGGUGGCCAUUAUUCAGCUUCCUACAGAGUCCAGAAUCUUUGCAUCCAAUUUCAGGCAGACCGUGGACCCCAGGUAGGAGCGUCCGCUCUGGAGCUGCAUUUCACCCAAGAUAUGCUAUAAACAGAUACGUUGGAGGCAGGUCCAUUUACUAAUUCACCAUCCUCCUACAUCCUCUCGGGAUGAACUACAGCGACUUACCAAAAAUCACACCCAGCUCUUGUCCUAGUCGAUCAGAAUCCCCCGGAAGCGGGGCCCGGGAAUCUGCAUUUCUAACCAGCUCCCUCCUCCCCCACCCCCCCCAAAUGAUUCUCAUGCAGCCAGACUUGCACCCAUACCUUAGUGAGUACUGGUUAAGGGCCCGGAUGCCCGAGUGCCUUCCCUGUGACAUGGACACGCUACCACCUCCUUCACAGUAAAAGAAUUGUGUAAGUCUAUUUGCACAGAGCAAGCGCUGAUGCUUUUUUUUUUUUUUCUCCCUUCCCCCUAUACAAAGGUGAGCCGCUUUUAUUGUGUAUUUGAUUUCGAUCCCAUUCGGUGUUUAAUGCGCCGGCCCCAAGGCGCGGAGUUGAGCCAAGAGCGAAAAGAGGGAGAAGCGGGCAAGAGUCGCAAACUCUUCCAGUCCAGGCACCGAAGCGGCCUUGGACGCCCGCCGGCCCUUCUGCCCACCUCACCCCGCCCCCCUCGGGCGUACAUUUGCAUCCGGCUCGAGACCGCGCGGGGACCCGCCCCCGCGCCCCGCUGAUUGGCCGCGCCGGCUCUCUCGUCACGCUCUUUUGUCUCCGUGGGCCGAGGAUAAAAGCAGCGGCGGCUGCCGUGGGAACCGUGCUGUCUGGACUCAGCUACCCCUCGCUGGUGGCGGGGGGCGCCGUGCGGAGCAGCUCCGCGGGCAGCUCCGGGUCGCUUAAGCGGCCGGGGACGUGCCCGUCCUCUUCCCUCGCAGGGCCGCGGAGACCGGAAGGCGGCAUCCGCAGCUGGCAAGGCCCGAGGGUCCGCAGCCCACCGAGCCGAGCACAGGCCAUCAAAGCCGAAUCCGAACUUGAAUUCUGUGCGGCUGAUUGCAGAAGCUGGUAGGCCGACCACUUCCCGGGGGACAUGUAAUGGGGCGGGGGUGGGUGGCUUUGGCUUGUGCUCAGAAGGUGGGAGAGGGAAUUUUCCGCCUACCCACAGCGGAGGCAGCGGGGAGGGGGGUGGGUGGCGGGGGUGGAGGGAGCGGGAUGAGCGAGGAGGCUACUCCUGACCCUUCCCUUCCCUGCCCUCCGCGGCGGCGGCGCAAUCUUGACGCCCGGAGGUCUCGGAUCGGCGACCCCCCCGGUGGACAGAGAUCGGCUGUUAGCCUGGAGACGAGCUUUCUCGCGGAGGCCACCGGUUGCAGAAGCUGGAAGUGAAAUAAAGGCGCGCGCGCACCCGUUCCUGCGCUCCUCCCCUACUGAGAUAGGAGAGUCCCCCCAGCACGCCUGCACAUUAGGCUAACCCACAAAGCCUGAGCGUCUUGUUCCAUUCGGACACCCCGAUCGUCAUCAGUCAUGGCUAGCAUCAUUGCGCGCAUGGGUAAUAGCCGGCGGCAGAACGCACCCUUGCCGCCGUGGGCCCAUUCUAUGCUGAGGUCCCUGGGGAGAAGCCUCGGCCCUUUAAUGGCCAGCGUGGCAGAGAGAAAUAUGAAGUUGUUCUCGGGGAGGGUGGUGCCAGCCCAGGGGGAAGAAACCUUUGAAAACUGGCUCAUCCAAGUCAAUGGGGCCCUGCCGGAUUGGAAUAUGUCUGAGGAGGAGAAGCUCAAGCGCUUGCUGAAAACGCUUCGAGGCCCCGCCAGGGAGGUCAUGCUUUUGCUGCAGGCGGCCAACCCCAAUCUAAGUGUGGCCGAUUUCUUGCGUGCCAUGAAAUUGGUGUUUGGAGAAUCCGAAAGCAGUAUGUCGGCUCACGGUAAAUUUUUUAACACCCUGCAGGCGCAAGGGGAGAAAGCCUCCCUUUAUGUGAUCCGUUUAGAGGUGCAGCUCCAAAAUGCUAUUCAGGCGGGGAUCAUAGCUCAGAAAGACGCAAACCAGACCCGCCUGCACCAGCUCCUUUUAGGGGCCGAGCUGAACGGGGACCUGCGCUUUAGGCUGAAGCAUCUUCUCAGGAUGUAUGCAAAUGAGCAGGAGCGCCUCCCCAAUUUCCUCGAGUUGAUCAAGAUGGUCAGGGAGGAAGAGGAUUGGGAUGACACUUUCCUUAAACAGAAACGGCCCAAAAGAUCUGAGUCACUGGUGGAGAGGGCCACCAGCCUGAUGGCAUUUCAGGGCUCCCCGCAGAUAGUGGUCGGCAGUCCCGACUGCAACGUGAUAGAGAUAGAUGAUGCCCUCGAUGACUCAGAUGAGGAUGUGAUCCUGGUGGAGUCUCAGGACCCUCCACUGUCAUUCACGGCUUCUCCGUUCCCCAGACGCAGGGCCAGACCUCGGGACCAAGUGCUAGUCAUCGAUUCCCCUAGCAGUUCCCGGGCUCAGUCUCCUUCCACCAGCGGGGGUUCUGGGCAUAAGAAUGAUGGUUCUAGGCACCUGCGUAGAACCAGGAAGCGAAAACACACAAUCCGCUGCUCCUACUGCGGCGAGGAGGGCCACUCAAAGGAAACCUGUGACAAUGACAGCAGCCGGGCCCAGGUGUUUGAGAAUCUGAUCAUCACCCUGCAGGAGCUGACCCAUACAGAGGAGGAGGGACCCAGAGAGGCCCCUGGCCAACAAGAUGACCCUUGUGAGCUGGUGUCCCCUAGCCUUACAUGAACCCUAACCCAUAUUCUGAGUCCAGCAAUGGGACAACUGGGGAGGGGCGCUUCUAAAUGCAUGAAUCCACAAAGCAGCUUUCCUUUGGGAGUGGAGUAGAGAGGGUCUUGAAUACCAGCACAGUGGAGGGAGACAGCCUGACCUCUGUCCUUGCUUCCCCAGCCCCCCUGCCUAAGGGCCUGUUUUCUUUGUGCGCUCAUUUCCUCGCUGGCUCUGUUCUCUUUGUGAAAGUGGCACCAUUCAUUGUUAAAUCUUCAAACAAUAAAGAAAAGUACAAGAAAGUAAAGUACAAGUUACCCCCAGCUCUCCACCCCGAUCUAACCGUCGUCAUCCCUUUGAUGGACGUCCUUCUAGAUACUUCCCUAUACCUGUGUACCCAGAUAGAUGUAUGUAUAGAUAAAAAUGGUCACAUAGAAGUGCUGUUCUAUAGUCCGUAUUUUUUCACCAAAUGAUAUAUGUCGUGGGCUUCUUUCUAUGUCAAUAAAUAUUUAUCAGCAUCGA